AUGAUAAAGUUUAUGAAGUUGCUAACAAGGCGUCUGGAGUCAGAUGAAGAUCAUGCGUCAAUCGUCAUUACUCCGCGUUGGAUCGAGAACGAUGUCUUGGCACAAGUGCAAUUCCUUAUCGAUUCCGUCUUAUCAGGCCGCAGCGGGCGCAAGAACAAAUUUCACGUGACGGAGUAUGUUUUGCAACGAACAUCAUCCGCCAACGACCGUCGAUACGCCGACAUCAAGAUGGUCAACCUUCGCACCCAGAAGCGCCUUGCGGCCUCCGUGGUCGGCUGCGGCAAGCGCAAGAUUUGGCUCGACCCCAAUGAGAUGACCGAGAUCUCCAACGCCAACUCCCGUCAGACCAUCCGCAAGCUCGUCAGCGAUGGCCUCAUCAUCAAGAAGCCCGUCACCAUGCACUCUCGCGCCCGUGCCCGUGAGUUGACUGCUGCCCGCCGUAUUGGUCGUCACCGCGGUCUGGGUAAGCGUAAGGGUACCAAGGAUGCCCGUAUGCCCAGCCAGGUCCUCUGGAUGCGCCGCAUGCGUGUUCUCCGUCGCCUUCUCGUCCGUUACCGUGCCGCCGGCAAGAUCGACAAGCACCUUUACCACGAGCUCUACCACCUGAGCAAGGGUAACACCUUCAAGCACAAGCGUGCUCUGGUUGAGCACAUCCAGAAGGCCAAGGCUGAGCGCCAACGUGAGCGUGUCCUCAAGGAGGAGAUGGACGCUAAGCGUGCCAAGAACAAGGCUCUCCGUGAGCGCCGCGCUGAGCGUGUCGAGGCCAAGCGUAGCGCUAUGGCUGGCGAGGCCCAGGAGUAA